AGGCAAAUCUCCACCCAGGUAGAACAGAGCCUUCUCCAGCAUAAUGCAUCCUUCUCUUUCAUGUGUCUUUCAGAACUGGUUAAAGUCAUAUGGCUAUCUGCUUCCCUAUGACUCACGGGCACCCGCGCUGCACUCAGGGAAGGUCUUACAGUCAGCAGUCUCCACUAUGCAGCAGUUUUAUGGGAUCCCAGUCACCGGUGUGUUGGAUCAGACAACAAUCGAGUGGAUGAAGAAGCCCCGCUGUGGUGUCCCUGAUCACCCCCACUUAAGCCGUAGGCGGAGGAACAAGCGCUAUGCCCUGACUGGACAGAAGUGGAGACAAAAACACAUCACCUACAGCAUUCACAACUACACCCCGAAGGUGGGGGAGCUAGACACACGGAAAGCGAUUCGCCAGGCUUUCGAUGUGUGGCAAAAGGUGACCCCACUGACCUUUGAAGAGGUGCCAUAUCAUGAGAUCAAGAGUGACCGGAAGGAGGCAGACAUCAUGAUCUUCUUUGCUUCUGGUUUCCAUGGUGACAGCUCUCCAUUUGAUGGAGAAGGGGGAUUCCUGGCCCAUGCCUACUUUCCUGGCCCAGGGAUUGGAGGAGACACUCACUUUGACUCAGAUGAGCCGUGGACACUAGGAAAUGCCAACCAUGAUGGGAAUGACCUCUUCCUGGUGGCUGUGCACGAGCUGGGCCAUGCGCUAGGACUGGAGCACUCCAACGACCCCAGCGCCAUCAUGGCACCCUUCUACCAGUACAUGGAGACACACAACUUCAAACUGCCUCAGGAUGAUCUCCAGGGCAUCCAGAAGAUCUACGGACCCCCAGCCGAGCCCCUGGAGCCCACCAGACCCCUCCCCACGCUCCCUGUCCGCAGGAUCCAUUCACCAAGUGAGAGGAAGCAUGAGCGCCAACCCAGGCCACCGCGGCCGCCCCUCGGGGACCGACCGUCCACACCUGGUGCCAAACCCAACAUCUGUGAUGGCAACUUCAACACAGUGGCACUCUUCCGAGGCGAGAUGUUUGUGUUUAAGGAUCGCUGGUUCUGGCGCCUGCGCAAUAACCGGGUGCAAGAGGGCUACCCCAUGCAGAUUGAGCAGUUCUGGAAGGGCCUGCCUGCCCGCAUAGAUGCAGCUUACGAAAGGGCUGAUGGAAGAUUUGUCUUCUUCAAAGGUGACAAGUACUGGGUGUUUAAGGAGGUGACGGUGGAGCCUGGGUACCCCCACAGCCUGGGGGAGCUGGGGAGCUGUCUGCCCAGAGAAGGCAUUGACACGGCCCUGCGCUGGGAACCUGUGGGCAAGACCUACUUUUUCAAAGGUGAACGGUACUGGCGCUACAGCGAGGAGCGACGGGCCACGGACCCUGGCUACCCCAAGCCCAUCACUGUGUGGAAGGGCAUCCCACAGGCUCCCCAAGGGGCCUUCAUCAGCAAGGAAGGAUAUUACACCUACUUCUACAAGGGCCGGGACUACUGGAAGUUUGACAACCAGAAACUGAGUGUGGAGCCAGGUUAUCCACGCAACAUCCUACGUGACUGGAUGGGCUGCAACCAGAAGGAAGUGGAGCGGCGGAAGGAACGGCGGCUGCCCCAGGACGAUGUGGACAUCAUGGUGACCAUCAAUGACGUACCAGGCUCUGUGAAUGCCGUGGCUGUGGUCAUCCCCUGCAUCUUGUCCCUCUGCAUCCUGGUGCUGGUCUACACCAUCUUCCAGUUCAAGAACAAGGCAGGCCCUCAGCCUGUCACCUACUAUAAGCGGCCAGUCCAGGAGUGGGUGUGAGCAGCCCAGAGCCCUCUCUGUCCACUCGGUCUGGCCAACCAGGCCCUUCCUCAUCAGGGUCUCAGGGGCAGCUCUGGCUACUGCCCACCGGGGCCAGCAGGGCCCUAGGCCAGGGGUCGUGCAGCUGAAGUGGUAGGUACACUGACCUAGGCUGAGCAUGAGGCAGGGAGUGAUGGUGGCUGUGCCCCAGGGUGGGUGUCUGGCAGCCAGCUGCCAGCCUUCUGUCCUGGGCGAACUGCUCCCUACCCAAGGGAAUAGGCCAGGCCCCAUCAGGAGGCAGGGACCAUGCCAGGAGGAGGCCCUGUGGUCACUGCAUCCUGUAGUAUCGGUGAGGCACCACAGCUCCGUUCCUGGCUGGACCAAGCAUCUUCUGUGGAAGCCAGCACUAGCACUCUCAGCCCCAUCUGGGAGAUGCCACCAAUCCUGGUCCCCCUUUGCCAACACCUGCUGGUCAGAUGUCUCCCCCACCCCCACCCCACUGUCCUCCAAGGAUAUGAGACCCCUGCUGCCAACAUGGCGGGCAACAAGCCUGGGUUUCUGUUGCUGGCAUACAGCAGAUCCUCAGGAAACCUGCUCCACACAUCAGGGUCUCCUCUGAGAUCUAGGAUUUAGGGUCACAUGUUGCAGGCAGUGCUGUGGCCCAGCUGGGUCUUGUAAGGACCCAGCUGUCAUGUCGUGAAUAUUUAAAUGUCCUGUCACUACUGUUUUAAAAGUCCCAUUCUGCAAAGGCUGCUUGAGGGGUUAGGUGAAUUAGAGGUGACUAUCUUGGUGAUAAGGCCAGCGUGGCCGGCCGGCCCUUCCCCAGGAGACAAGGACCAAGGUGCUGCUAAGGCCACUCUAGCACCCAGACACCCCAGGGCUUGAACCCUGCUCAUGAGGCUAAAGGGCUGGAGCAGGAGCUGACCCCAUUUCUAGAAGCUGAUCUGAGUUAUGACUAUCCACUCCUCUGUCCCUCUCUCCACUCCCCAUCCCCCACCCUGUUGCUUAUGGCCUGGGGUUCAGCCUGCCUAGCUAGGUGAGGCAGAAAUGGCUCCAGGCCAACAUUUCUCAUGGCCUUGGGGGUAAUGGGCCCAGGACAGCCUUCUGAAGGGUUCAGAGCCAACACCCCGGUUAUCCUGAGGCCAACUCAAUCUCUCAGCUUGGAAGCAGUGUUUAUACAAACUUGGCCCUUGCUAACCCAGCUCACUGGGCCCAUCUGCCUGCAUUGCUCUUUGGAAAAGGGCACCCCCCCCCCCAAAUGACAGCAGUCCCAAUCCUAAGGGCCAUCCUUCACAGUCUCUGGGAGAAAUUCCUAGGGCUUGCCUCACUCCAACCUAGUGGAGGCAGCCCUGUUCAUCACUGAAGAGCCCUAGGCAAGACUAAUGGGUUCAGUGAUGCCCACUGGCUCUCUGCAAAAGCCAAAAGGUGGUAGGUCUUCAGGGUGCUGGCAGAGUCUCAGAUGUCAUUCAGGCCCUCUGAGCCUACAUGGGCCUCACCCCUACCCUGUGGCCUCUGGGCUUUGGGUUGGCUUAACCUGUAGCAGACAGGGACUACUGUUGCCCUGGGAGCUGUCUUGAGCAAAAUCUCUCUUGUCCCAGAGGCACCUAUGUGGGUCCACUGUGUUCCCUGUCAUCAUCCUUCUGUUUUUUCUCAUUUUGGCCAAGGGCGGGCUCCCUGGGGCGGGUGGGGAACAACUGCAGAGAUAUUAGUGAUUCAUAGGUUUGUACAGUGUUUUAU